GAGCACUGACCUAUGACAUAGUAUACCAUAUACUACUUGGUACGGAGUACGGAGCUGUGGUAUGGAGAUGGAGCUUACAUGGAGUAUGGUAGGGACACAGGGAGUUGCCACCUUGUCGCCACUGAUGUCAGAGUCGCGAUCAACGUGAUCAACGCGAUCUUUGUAGUUUCGUGUAGUUUCGUAGUAUCGCCAAAGCGAGUGAGCAGUCGCGACAGAGAAGAGAAGCCAGGCUCUGAAAGCUUUGAAAGCAAAGGGGAUCAACUAAUUGUUUGGUGUAGUGGAUCAAAAUCUGACGUCAAAUUUCCAAGUUUCGAGAAACGUUACCGUUUUCAUGUAUUGUAAUCGCGAGUACCUUGGUAACGUGCUUAUGAAGAUUGUGGAACGUUAGAAAAUGCUGGGAGACGAUCCACCGUAUCUUUCGGUUGGUACGGAGGUAAGUGCAAAGUACAAAGGGGCAUUUUGCGAAGCAAAAAUCAGGAAAGUCGUUAGAUCGGUAAAGUGCCGAGUAACUUACAAGCAGGGCUUAGGAACAGCCACUGUGACCGACGACCAAAUAAAGGGAACGCUCAGGGUUGGAGCAUCCGUAGAAGCAAAGCACAAUGACAGAAAGGAAUUCGUAGAGGCUACAGUUACGAAAAUUCAAGACUGUAGUCAAUACACAGUGGUCUUUGAUGACGGAGACAUAACUACCCUCAGGAGAACGGCGCUCUGCCUAAAAAGUGGUAGACACUUUGCUGAAAGCGAAACCUUGGAUCAACUACCCCUCACACACCCUGAACAUUUUGGAAAUCCUGUCAUCGGAGGGCGCAGGGGACGGAGGUCUAGGCAAGCUCAAGAUGAAAGUAGCGACGAUGAAGACAGCCCACCUAGGGGUGCUAGGGAGUCAGGAUCCGGGGGGCUUGGCAAAGAAUGUGCGGAAACCGAGCCAGAAAUUGGUAGGGUCGUCUGCGUUGAGCUUGGAGACAAGAAAAAAAAAGACAACUGGUUUCCUGGGCUAGUUGUAGCUCCCACUGCUCAAGAUACCGUCAGGAUACGUGUACGGGAUGACUAUCUCGUUCGCUCGUUCAAAGAUGCUAGAUAUUACACUGUACCAAAGAAGGAAGCUACGGAGUUCACUAAAGAGUUGGUCAACAAGGUAGAGAACAAUGCGCUUAGAGUCGCAGUUGAAAAAGCACUGUUAUUCUUGGACAAGAACGAACUUCCACCGCACUGGGACAGGGAUUCCCUAUUUGGUAAUGCAGACUCUAGUGGAAACAGUGACAGCGAUGGAGAACUUGACUCGGAUAGUUCUGACGAUGAGCCUAGGGAGGAAAAAGACCACUUUGUUGCGCAACUUUACAAGUUCAUGGAUGAUAGAGGGACUCCGAUAAAUAAUUGUCCAAUGAUAGGAACACAAGAUAUCGACUUAUACAGAUUAUUUCGGGCUGUUUACAAGCUCGGCGGUUACAAUCGAGUCACUAAUCAGAAUCAAUGGAAGUCUAUAACUCGUCGUCUCGGUUUUCCUAUUCAAAGUACGUCGUCGACGCACGGUUUGGUUAAACAACAGUAUAAGAAGUUCUUACAUUCUUUCGAGGAUUUUUAUAGGAAACUCGGAUGUACAAUGGUUAACCAUCCGAGAGGUGGUACGAGAAAACAAAGGCCUGGACGUAGCCUUAUAAGAGAUAGGGACAGAAGUACUCCCGUCCCUCCUCAAAUGCCUUCGUUCAAAUUUGAGAAGGAAGAAGAUGAAAAACGCAUAGAAAUCGAAGAAAAGAGGGAUAAGAAAGACGUAAAAAAAGAGAUAAUCAAAGAAGAAGAGGUUUUGAAAAUCACGAAAAAAGAAGAUUUUGACAAGAGCGGCGAUGGGCAUGAGAGUGACGUUAUUGUUGAUGGUGAAGAAGAAUCAUCAUCCAGUGAAAAGUCGCUAAAAGCUUCGAUCGUGACUCCACCUGUGGUAGUUGCUACUACGUCAAUUGUGGCAACAACAUCUACGCCUAUAAAAGUUAAGUCAUCGAAAGUUAUUAAAGAAGAGAAAAGAAAGCCAUUGAGCGAUAAGAAAAAGGGUGACACGAAAAAGUUGGGGGAAAAAAAAGAGGAGAAGGUAAAACAACAGGAAGAAGAACAACCAACAGUGACAAGAUCGAAAUCCAAGGAUGACACUACAUCUAAAGGAAAGGCUGUGACAUCGGAAACUAGGGACGUCCGGACACCCUCUGCUGAAACUGAGAAUAAAAAGAUUCUGCCCAAGCAAAGGCGACCAACAGAUGAAGAACUCAAAAAGCGGGGACGCAAACGCAAGGAAAGUGAACCAGAAAAAUCUAAAGCAGCCGAGGAAAUGCCUGUUGAUCCCGCACCCUCUUACAAAGGAGUUGUCGAGCUCGGUGAUCGUCUCAAAGUCUAUUACGGACCUACUCAUGAGUCCAAGGUAACAUACGAAGCAAAAGUCAUCGACAUUGAAAAGGUUUCAGCCGAACCUGUUUAUUUGGUACACUAUACUGGCUGGAAUACACGCUACGACGAAUGGAUUAAAGGCUCUAGGAUUGCGCAAAACUUCACGCAAACACAGGUCAGGGUUAAAAGAGGUAAGACCACACCCAGACCUCAAACUCCCAGUGCUGCUGGCUCCUCGACAUCUAAUAAACUUACGAAAAUGUCAGCCCAGAGCCGAAGGAGGGCUCACAGUGUCGCUCCUACGUUUAAUUCGUCGAGUGGAACAGUUGUCGAGGAUGGGAAGAGAGAUGAAAAAGAUAAAGACAACCAACAGCCUCCCAGGUCGACGACACCCUCUUCAAUCGCUAGUUCUAGCUCCAGAACUAAGAGCCCUGCGACUCCAGCUGUCAAUAGAAAAAUUAGGGUGACUAGAAACCAGCAGGGUUUAGAAUCUAGACGACGUACCCGACGUAUGUCUGGACAUACGGAUAUCUCUGUAGCUUCUGAAAGUGACAGUGAAGCUUAUGAAUCUGAUACAAUGGAACCGGAACAAGCGAGGACGAGAUCCAGAGGUAUAGAGGAACGAAAGAGAAGCUCGAGACGUAGAGGGGAUGAUGAAGUUAAAGCCGAAGACUGCAGUGAGGUCGAAGAAGAUAAAGAUGGGACUCAUGAAGAACUUAGGCGGGGACGAAGGCUUAGAAGAACUCCGGGAAAAAGUCAGGCCAUCAAAUCUGAGCCUGAAAGUGACGAUGAUCAACCCAAAGGCAGGGAUUUUGACCUAAAUCAGAUAAGGUCUGAACUAAAAGGCUUUGAAAAGGCUGUAAAACUGGAACUGAUCAGAGUUGAAAGAGACUCGGAUGAUCAAAAGGAAGAUGAUGGAGAAAGCGGAGCUGUUGUUCAGCCAACACUCAUGCCCGGCUCUCCAAAGACGGAUAAGAAAUUAACAGAUCUUGCAAAACUUGAGCCAGUAAUUGAUCCCAAGCCUCCCGAGAGCACGGAUGAUAUAUACGAAUUUAAGGAACCCGAACCUUUCGAAUUUGAAGUUAGAAACAAACGCGACCCUGGUGUAGAGAAAGACAAAGUCAAGAAACGGGUGUUUGAUGAGGAGCCAAAGAGUCCAAAAAAAAAACAGAAAACUCUGCUACCGUCAACUAAAGAGAUUAAAAUCGAGGGAGAUAACGAUCAAAAGAAAAGAGUUCGCAGACCUUUUAACAAGAGAGCUGAUGACACAGAGGUGACCCCACCGCCGGGUAAAGUGAAGUCACAAUCUGCUUGCGAGGAAGCAUUCGAUAAACUUUGCGAAUCUCCAUCGUUUAGUCCUUUAAAACCAUCCACCGUCUCGGAAGAAGUUGGCAAGGUUGCUCUAGACAUGCUUUUCAGUGACCUGCCCGGAGACGAGGAUGGCACCGCCGACGAUCCUGAGGAUAGACUAAUCAUUUCUGAGACUGAGGUGUCAGAAGCAGAACAGGAGAAUCUUUUUACAUAUCAGCAGGAGAUCUUUCCAUCAAGUGAUAUUCCUGAUACAAUGGAGUUCAGCAAAGAGGAAGUCAAAGCCAACCAGCAGGAAACUGUGGAAGAGAAACCAGUUCCUGUGAGCGUUCAGUCCUCUCCAAUUGUCCAAGAUGCUAAACAAACAACAAGCAAGAUUUCUACCUCAACUCCAGUUAUUGCGGAUACAAAAAUCUUGGACAUCAAGCCCCUUGAAAGUAGCCCUGCGUUGUCACCUGCUCUAGUAACUCCAGCACCGAUCAGCACUAGGCUGCCGGCAACAUCUACCAUAGAAGAAAAACUAUCAGCUGCUGCACUGGCCUUUAGAAAUAAAUUCAAGGAUAUCAGAAAGGAAGAUCAGACUGGUGAUGAAGGAACUUGGAAGUCUACGAAGGAAUCCUCUAAGAAAAGUUUUUCGGAAACUUCGGCGACAGCGAAGAAGACAACGGAUAAUGAGGGGGAGAAAAAAAAACCGGAUGAUGAUGAGGAUGAAAAAAAGAAAGAGGAGGAACGUAGAGAGACUAUGCGGGCAGUGAUUAAGCAGAAAGAAGAAGAGUUACAGCAAUUAAAAAUGAAAAAGGUAACCGAACUCAAAAAAGCAGUGGAAGCAAAGGCUGCUGCUGCAGUUGUAGAGCAGAAAAAAAUUGUGCAACAAGAGAAGGAAGACGAGCAAAAGGACCGAGCUGAGGAAGAGGAAUUAUCCUUGUUGAGGAAGGAUGAAGAACGCAGGGAGCGAGAGCAGACAGAAAGAGACAAGGAUAAAGAAAAAGAGAAAGAAAAGGAUAAACGAAAACGUAUAAUUAGCCAGGAGUUUCUCGAUUCCACCGACAGCAGUGACUCUGAGCAAAGACUUGUCAUAGACAACGAGGAACCUCCAGAAGAGAAGUACGUUUCUUCGAAUUUUGAUAUCAAGUUGAGAGCCGAGCUAGAAAAACUUCAAGAUAUUCAAGAGAAUCGAGCAACGACACACCCCCAUCCUUCCCCAACUCCAGCAGAGAAAUCUACCCUGGCCGUUGUCACGCCAAUUUUAAAAACAGAAGAAGAGGCGGAAAAUAUUAGCUCGUUGCUAUGCGAAGAAGAAAUACCCGGUUCCCCAGCUCCUGUAGUGGAUAACAUUGACCAAGCUACAGUUUCAACUACUCAGUUGCUGCCCUCACAGGUUGAAGCCCCUGGAAGUAGCAUUGUCCUUUUGGAAAUGCCAUUCGCGAGCGCUCCAACUUCCGGUCAAAGUUCAGGAGCCUCUGCUACGAGUACAAUUUCCACGGUUAACGUGUCAGUUCCAAAGAGCAGCCCCGAUGUUUCGGUUCCAGUCUCACUACCUGUCCAACAAGCUUCCGUACUUGGUCCCAGGUCUCAGCCUACACUCCAAGCAGUUUUACCUCAACCCCAACCAAAUUUAGCAGCUGCUCCUGCCGCCGCACAACGCAGAGAGAGUAACGAGGCUGCACCAGUUAUGGAUAACACACCACCGACAACUCCCGAUUCAACGAUCUCAAAUAUUUCUGGUUCCCCGAGGGAUGAGGGCACCGGAGGAUCCUCCCCUCUGUUCGAGGAUAACACCAAAUCUAACAGAGACAGCUCUGAGGCAGACAAUGACAGUGCAAGUAAAGGCUUAGGUGGAGGAUUUAGCGAGGACGAUGUAAGUUUACCGAUCGCUGACAGUGCUGGGGGUCAAGAUAGAAACGGAAAAACUAUUGCAUCGAAACGAACGGCGGAAGCAUCACCAUCUCCUAAAAAGAGAAAACGAAGUAGAAAACAUUCCGAGUGCAGCAGUAAUGUAGGUAAAAAAUCUAGUACUGCCCGACAUGUUGGACGCCAUUCGAGGCAUUCGGGAGCUGCUACUGAUAGCGACGAUACCAGUGAAAGCUCUAAUAUUUGCCCUGGAAAUGCAAACAUCACAAGCCACACCAAUAUACCUACUGUACCCGAUUUGCCUAGUUAUUCGACCAGGUCACCAAGGCCAUUGAAGUACAACUUUUAUGUUGAACUUGACCCUGAGCUAGAUGGAAGCCAACGGAUUGCUGUUUUGCAGCAGAAACUUACCGAGUUACGUAAAACUUAUAACGCUGUUAAAGUAGAGCUUGCGGGUAUCGAGAGGCGCAGAAAAAAGCUGAGACGACGAGAACGGGACGCUCUAAAAGCAGCCAAAGCAGAGAUGCAACAAGCUUGUUCGUGAUGAGAAAAAUAACGUUUCAGUCAUUGAGAUGUAUAUUUCAAAAAACAUUCAGUGUGAGUCGUAGUCAACAAUAAUCAUGAAGAAGAAAAAUAGUAAUAUCAUAUUCAUGAUUUGGGCACCUGCAAUUUUCGCAAAUAUGCCAAUUUUCAUCUAUCUGUCAAACGUAUCUGCCUGUCGUUGGUAUAAGUAUUUUACUAUAAUAUUUCACAGUCCACUCAAACUUGUAGAUAUAGAUUAUAAGACGUAGCGGUAAUCGUAGAUUCGGAUAGCUGGUAGUUCCGAUGAUAUACUACGCUAUUUGGAUUGUUUAAUUGCCAGGAUUUGAAUAGACGGAUUGAGAUUUUCUUGUGGUACUAAACGUCAAUUUGGCUUGAAAUACGAGUGGUUUGAUUCAAAAUUCGCGUUGUCUUCAAUCUUCUCAUCAAUUUUUAAUCUACCACUAAAAAUACGUACAGUUUUUCAAAAGUUUCAUGGAAACAAUUGUUACCUAACAAACUUGUUAUAAAAGGUCAAGUCAUUUGAUACUUAAUAUAAUAACUUCCAGCAACACUGAGCAGCUAUGCAAUAGGCUAUGCCACUGAGUACCCAUAAAUGUAAUUGUACUUGAAAACUUACAGAGGGAUGUUUAUGUGUAGGAUGGCGUAGGCGUAUAGGUGAUAAUUUUAUAUUCAAAACUUAAAUUAUUCGAAAAUCUCAUUAUUUCAGUUUGUAGAAAAAUCAAUCUCUAAUGUUAUCUAAUGUUUGUUAUUUUUAUGCAUUAAUUAGUUAUUCGACAAAAGUUUUUACGGCGAUUAUUUUAUUGCGAGAUCAUAAAAAAAGGCCUAUUCGCCAUUAUUUAAGUAAUGAACUAUUCCACCCUAAAUUAAGAAGAGCAUUAUUACCCCCUUCCCCGUACUCAUUUCAAAUUACCACAAUAUGAUUGAUUGUAAAUACUAUUUCAAUCGAGGAAUGACUUACAUUUGCACAAUAAUAAAUAAGCUGUCGUUAUUGAAAUUGAAAGAAAAACGUUGUACGAAAAGAUGAAGAUAUUUGUUUUUAAAAUGCAACACCGAGAUAUCAAAAGCUUACUUGUACCAUCCCAAGCGAUAGUGGAUGAUGCUGUGCGAAAAAAUGAUUAAAUUUUAUAUAGAUAUAUAUAUAUUUUUUAUAAAAAAUACUGAAAAAUAAUGUUUCUUCGCACGUGUCAGAACAUUCGCUUAUGCAGAAUUAUAUUUAAAGCCUCCAGCAUAUGUAAAUAAUUUCUGUAUGAAUACUUAACCAAAAAAACACCGCAUUGAAGAUCAAGUGGAUAAAAGAAAAAUUGGUGGCGAUGAUGUCCUUUGGUAUUGGGUUGUUUUAUAUAUGUAUAAGGUUAUUACGCCAUAGGGACGAUGCAUACCUAGAGUAAUCAAAAUGAACGUCAAGAGUGGUACUUGAAUGACUAAUUUGCUUUAGUAUACCGUAGAUUAAAAUAUCACGUGCUGCAUCAUAGAAUUGUAGAACGGUAUAUAUAUAAAACAUUAUUCCAAAUAUCAUUUUACUGUCCUAGCAAGUAUGAUUGAUAAAUAAAUCGUGCUAUAAUACAGGGGCAAAAAAAACCUGAGUUUGUAGUGUUUUUGCUCGAAACAUUGAUUACAGAUAUAUUUAAUACAUUACAGUUUACAAAGAAGUGGACGUCGUACGGGCACGACUCUGGCACAAGCCUUGAAUAAAAAUUCGCAAUAAUAAUCAUAAUUAUACAAAUAUAUUCGUUUACCUAAA